AAUACCUAUCAUUGAUUUUUCAACAUUUCAUUUUCAGUUUUCAUACUUGGUGUAUUAUUGAACCUGCCAUUUCAUCUUGUGCAGUCGUAUUGAAUUAAAGUUUUUAUUUCUACCAUAGUAAACGAACAAGUAAGUUUUUACUGUAUAUCAUUUCUAUUAUUCAGUGUAUACUCUUAAAUAAUAAUUAUUUUCUAUAAUAUAAUUAGGGUUGAGUAUUUUGUUUAAAUCUUAUUUUUAUUAACAAUUUGGUAAGUUCAUUGCAAGUGACUGUAAUGGGAAACACCCUUUGGAUAAAGGUUUGCCAUUCGUUUAAAGUGUUAAUCAUACAUCAUAUUUGUGUCAAUUUUGUAAAUAUAGGUACUCUAUAUUUUGUACUUUUAUUACUUAAUUGCAAUGGUAGAUAUUUUGUGUAACCUUUGAUGUAUCUAUCUAUGGUAUUUCUCGAUCAUGUUCAAUGUCAUUAUUGUUGUUUGGCCUGUUUUCAAGUUCAAAUACUUCUCUACUUUAGGUCAUGAGACACAUACGGUAUUUGAAUUUAUGGCUUUAAUCCAAUGUACAAAGAUACUCAAUUAAAAAUAUUUUGGGAUAUAAUUAAUAAUUUUUAUUUAAACAGAGUAAAUUAUGCAUGUUAAACUUAUGAAUUCAUAAAGAUUGGUAACAAAUAUACUUAAUUUAAUUUAUUUAGAUAUCUACCUGUAAAUUUGUUUCAAAAAAUGCCUAUUUCGAUAAUUUUAGUUAAUACAACAAUAUUAAAAUAAAAAUGUCUCAUUCAUUCUAUAUUUCAAUUAAAAAAAAAAAAAAUAGAAAAUAAAUAUAUUAUUAACUUAUAACUUAUGCAGCAUUUUUGACCUAUAUAUUUAAUAUAUAAUUGACCUAUAUGUUAUAUUCUUAAUUCUUAGGUAUGUCAGUAAAAUAAUUAAUAGAUUAUUAGAUUAUUUCUGUAUGAAAAAUGUUUUGUAUAAUUGUUUUAAAAACAGUUUUUUUCAUGAGACCCAGUUUAUUAUAUAUCCCGAUUCAUUGUUUUUACAUUUUAAUACUGUAUUGAAUGACCUUUUAUUAUUUAUGCUUUUAAAUUUGUAUAAUAUGAACUAAGUAGUUUGAAAAUUAUUGUUUAAUAUUAAAACAAUGAAAACUCUCUAAAAACAUUUAUAUUAUAAUAUUUUUUAGUUACAAAAUAAGUAUUAUCUAUGUCAAGAUUUUUAAUAAUGUAUGUUACCUUUAAUGUUGUUAUAUUUAUACUUUUUGUGUAUAAAAACCGAUUUUGUGCCGUUAGUUUUAAUACUAGAGUGUAUGAGCCUAUUAUCAAACUUAAUGGUAAGAACAUUUUCAAUAUUUGUACCGUGGUUUUUUUCAGUGUUUUAAUUUUCAAGUGAGUUACAAACGUGUGAAACAUUACAAUUUAAAAAUCGUCGAAUCUGGAUUAAAAAUUAAAAUAUUAAGAAAUAACCUACGUACUAACACAAACACCAUGCUUAUUCUUAAGUUAGUUAAUAGGCUAAUUUACUCCAAUAUUAAAACAAACAGCAUAAAAUAGGUUAAAAUAUAAUUAUAACGAUAUUAACCGUAACACAUACAAUUUUGAUAUAAAUCAUAACAUUUGAUUAGAAUCUUAUUUAUUUAGAUUUUAACCUCAUGAUUGAAAAAUACAUUAAAAAUACAAACUGGAAAUUAACUUGACCAAUAUUUAUAGUACAAUAAUGUAUACAUUAUCUAAUGAGCUAAUUUAAGAUCACCAAAAUAACAAUCAACAAUAUAGCUGCUAAAGGUCACCUUGUUGAUUAAUAAUAUUAGUUUUUGUUAGUAUAUCAGUAAAACAGAACUCCUGCAAUAGUUAGCAUUACUUAGUAUUAUCAAACUCGUAACUUCACUUAAUUGUUUUCUAUUUGUCAUAUAGUCAUACUUUCAUACAUAUUUAUUAUAAUUUCAAGUAAGUUUACAAUUAUUAUAAAUAUAAAUUAACCUAUAGUUUUGGAAUAUUUAUUAAUUUAUUGUAUUUUAUCUUUAUUGCAACUAUCUAGGAUACAAUUUUGAAUUGGAAACACUUGUUUAAUUUUGAUUUUAUAAUAAAGAAUAUUUUCAUAAAUAUUUUGAGGAUGGUAUUCAAUAUUGAAUUAUUAAGUAACUUAAUGCUUAGAAGAAACUCAAACUUUUAUAAUACUUAUUUGUUUUUGCUAUUUAAAAAUUUGAUAUUGUUUUCAAUGAUCUGAAAUUAAAUUCAAUUUAGAAUUUGUUGUAACUUAUAAAAAGUGUGUAUUCACAAUGAAUCGCCUUUAUCACAUUUAAUGAUGUAUAUAUUUCAAAUGUAUAUUGAAAAUUAUUUUUUAUAUUAGCGAAUAGAAAUUUAUAUUGUACAAUCAGUGAAGUUGUAUACAAUACAAAAAUGUAAUAUUAUUAAUUUGUAUCGUAUUAUAUUUGGACACUGAUUUUGAUUGUAUAAAACAAACAAUGGUAGAAUAUCUUCCAAAUAGCAAUUUAUAUUUAAGAAAUUGUUUUAUCUUGUAUAUGUUCAUAAUUUUGUCUCUGUAAAACUUUUAAUAUGCGUUUUUAAAAAAAAGUGUAAUAAGUAAGAUUUAUAAUUACAAUAAAAUCAAAAAUAUUUUUAAAUACAAAAAAAAAGAAUAAUAAAACAAAAUUUAUUUUACAGUAAAUUUUAUAAAUAUUUAUUUCCGUUUCUCGCACGUUUUAUAGCAACAAAAGGUAUGCAUUCAGAAUUUACAUUAAGAAAUUUGUACUAUAGAUCCUACAAAUGAUUUUUUAAGUAUUUAAAUUUUAUCAAGAUACUUAUGUUUUUAUUAAUAAUAUGUUUUAAAAAAUGCAAAUAUUAAAAUAAAACAUUCAUUAAAUCUAUAGUAAAUAUUGUUCUUUAUAAAAUGUAUAAUAAGUUCUUUUGCCUUAAACUAGAGAGAGUCUUGAGACUGGAAGUGUGAAAUGCUUUUUGCUAUAUUAUGUGUUAGGUAAAGAGAGAAAACAAAUAUUAAUGAGGAAGCCACUUAAACAAUAUUAUAUUUAUUUAUUACACAAUACAAAUAUGUAUUUACUAAAAUUUAACGUUUUACAAAUUGCAAUUUAUCUAAUUAAUAUUGUAUUUUAUUUUAGAAAAAUACCAAAAUGACUACUUAUUUCAAUUACCCGUCAGAAGAACUACAAAAAGAAUUAAACAAAAUUGCUUGUGCUAUGGUAGAACAAGGUAAAGGUUUAUUAGCUGCUGAUGAGUCUGUAUCAACCAUGGGAAAACGUCUUCAAGAUAUUGGAGUAGAGAAUACCGAAGAAAAUCGUCGUGCUUACAGACAAUUGUUAUUUACUGCUGAUGACUCAUUGAAUGAUCGUAUUUCGGGAGUAAUUUUAUUCCACGAGACUCUCUAUCAAAAAACUGAUGAUGGCGUACCAUUUGUUGAAAUUCUUAAAAACCGUUGCAUUAUUCCUGGAAUUAAAGUUGAUGCAGGUGUUGUGAACUUAUUUGGUUCUGAAGGAGAAACCACCACACAAGGUAAAAUUAAAAAAAAUACUUAUAAUUAAAUAACAAAUAAAAUAUUUUAAGUUUGUUUUUUUCAAUAGGAUUGGAUGAUUUGGCUCAACGUUGUGCUCAGUAUAAAAAGGAUGGAUGUCAUUUUGCAAAGUGGCGUUGUGUAUUGAAGAUUGGUAAAAAUAUUCCAUCAUACCAAGCUAUUUUGGAAAAUGCUAAUGUAUUAGCUAGAUACGCUUCUAUCUGCCAGGCUAAUCGUAUUGUUCCAAUUGUUGAACCUGAGGUAAAAAAUAUAUAUAUAUAUAUAUAUAUAUACAGUGAUAAAUCCUUAAUAAGACAAUCCAUAUUUUAAAAAUUGACUAUUUUUUUUUGAGAAAAAAUUUUUUGGUAGUUUAAAAAAUAAGCAGCUCUAAAAUGUAAAUUUUCAUUAUUUUUUGUCAACCUUAUUUUUGGUGCUGAAACGAUCACGUACUUUUGAUUUUCAAAUGACAAAAUAUAUUAGAAAUUACAUAAAUAGAUUAAAUAUUAAAUUGAAACAUAUUUUGCUGUUCAAAUUUAUAAUUUCCACUGUUUUUUAAUCGUUAACAAGAUAUUCCACUUAGUUUAGAUUGGGAGAGAGUUUUUAAGACCAAAAUAUAUUUAAACUAAUACUUUACUCAAUCUUUUUAUGAAAUUCUUAAUAUAGGUUGAAAAUCAAAAAUCAAAAGUAGGUAGUCAUGGAACCCCAAAAAUAAAGGUGACAACAAAUAACCAGUUAUGUUACAUUUUAAAGAUAUUUAUUUUUUAAAUGUUCAAAAUAAGAAAAAUUCAGAAAAAAUUUAAUAUUUUUCAAGGAAUAUCUUAUCAACAUUUUUAAACAUUUAAACAUUUUUACUCCCCUUUGGAUACAAGGUACUAAAUACUGUAUCUAAAAUAAAAGAUACAUUAAUAAUAAUAAAACUUAUGGUAUGAUCGCCUAUGAUGUCAGGUUUAAACUUUAUUUAUAAUAAAAUUAAAAAAAAACAUUAUUAUUAAACAAAAUAUGAGCAACAGAAUGUAUAACAGCAAAGAUGACAAAUUAUAAUUACCAUAAAUAACCUAUCCAAAGUAAAAGUCUAUAAUUUAUAGACUUAGAUAAAGAAAACAAUACCUAUUGGUUAUUUCCUAUAUAAUAGGUGACAGGUGUACAUUAGUACGUAUACCAAUAAUAGGUAGGUUUUUUGUUAACGCUAGUCAAGUUCGCCAUGUACGCUUCUUUUGAAAGUAUGCGAAGUACGAACACACUUUUUUACGAAAAAUAACAGAGUAGACCUCCAUGAAAUUAGUACUCAAUGCCUCAAGAUAAUAUUAUAUUAAUAAAUUGUAAAUAUAAUCAAACGUACGUCUUCCCCGUUAGAACAAUUCUAAUAAAUUCCAUCGGGUCGCGACACUUUCGUUUCCAAUCGCGAAUACCAUGGUUUAAAAUAUACUUAAAUAUCUUAAAUCACGGUGUACACUAUCCACCAUACAGUAAUGAGUAAACUAUACCUACAAAUUUGUAAAUUCGUUGGUACAAUAUCCGGUGCACCGAUACAUUUUGAACCGGUUUACUAACACUUGACACCGAUUAUUUUACACCAAUACAGAUAUUCGACGAUAGAAAUCGGUGUAUCC